CCCGUCCAAUGAACUUUAGCCGCGAAGCCCUCCACGAUAAAAGAUAGAACUCGAGAGAGAAUCUCUCUCCGAUUCCGGCCACCAUAUCCCCUCCUAAUCCCUAGCGCUCUCGGCGCUAUUUCCCGUCUUAUUUUCUUCGUCGCCGGCUUCUGAGGUUACCACCGGCACACCUCCUCGCCGGAGGUGAGGGUUCGUUGGGUUGGCUUCUCUCCCCCACCCUUCUCCUGGUGCUUGAUGGGAUUUUCUCUCUUCCCGAUGAAGACGUCGACGCGACUCCUGUGGAGUACCAGCUUCUUUCGCCACAAGACCGUGGUGUUCUUCUAAAACAGCCCGAUCGAUCGAAGAGAAGACUAUAUAUAGCUUGAUAUAUAUUACAAGAAGAUAAAUCAGUGUGUACGUAGUACAGGGGGAGAGGGAGGUCCCUCCGGCGAUCGUUCAGAUCUGAGAAUCAGACAUGGAUUCCGGCCGUCUGAUCUUUGAUUCCCCUUCUUCUCAUCAUGGUCAGAUGCUUUUUCUGGGCGGCGGCAAUCCGAUCUUUCGAGGGGCGAGAUCGGUGCUGGGGAUGGAUGAGGGGGCGAACAAGCGGCGGCCCUUCUUCACCUCCCCCGACGAGCUCCUGGAAGAAGAGUACUACGACGAGCAGCUGCCGGAGAAGAAGCGCCGCCUCACCCCCGAGCAGGUGCACCUGUUGGAGAGGAGCUUCGAGGCGGAGAACAAGCUGGAGCCGGAGCGGAAGAGCGAGCUGGCGCGGAAGCUGGGCCUGCAGCCCAGGCAGGUGGCGGUGUGGUUCCAGAACCGCCGCGCCCGCUGGAAGACCAAGCAGCUCGAGCGCGACUUCGACCGUCUCAAAUCCUCCUACGAUUCCCUCCUUGCCGACCACGACUCUCUCCUCAAAGACAACGACCGCCUCCGUUCCCAGGUGAUCUCGCUGACGGAGAAGCUCCAGGCGAAGGAGCUGGAGGCCGCGGGGGCAGCCGCGGGGCUGAAGCCGGACGAUCAGGCGGCGUCCAGCGCGGAUCACGCGGCCCUGAACGUCCAUCAGCUGAAGUCGGAGGACCGGCUUAGCACGGGGAGCAGGGGGAGUGCAGUGGUGGACGGGGACGGGCCCCCGCACCUGGUCGACAGCAGCGGCGAGUCCUUCUUCCCCGAGAGCUACCCCUGCGUGGGACCCGUCGACGGCAGCGUCCAGUCAGAGGAGGACGACGGCAGUGACGAAGGCUGCAACUACUAUCCCGACGGCAUGUUCGCGGAGCACCGCCACCCCGACGAGGAGGCGGCCCAGCUCGACUGGUGGGUUUGGGGCUGAACGGGAACAACAAUUGGAGAUGGCCCCCCGUCUUCUUCUUGUUUCCUCUCUCCUUCUUCUCGCUGCUAUCAUCGUCGCCGCCGCCACUAUCCAGUAUUAUUAAGCGUCGUCUAUAUGAGUUAGUAUUACUGCUGGAUGUGAAAGUUAUUGUCCAACUAUGAUGGUACGUUAUGUAUAUCAUAAGUGAAUGGCUGGAAUAGUGACUGAAUAAAAGUGCUUAAGGAACGACCUAUGCAUUUUGAUUUUAAUUUGUUUUUGGAA